AGCAGCACCACAAAGUUGCGGAGCAUCUCUGAGUCUCCGCCUCCUGCCUUCACUUGACAUCUCUCACACCUGCAGCCCGCCUCUCCUCCGCGGAUAAAAACCCUCAUUUCAACUUCAGCCGCGCAGACUUCAGCAGCUCAGAGCGUUCCGGUCCGAUCAAGGUGCGUCUUCGUCGCGUUCAAAGAUGCUGGCUUGUACAGAGAUGAUCACUAUGUGUCUGCAGUCCGCCAAACAGAAGCAUCUCCGGGCUCAGCAGCAGCAGCAGCAGCCGCUGCACAGCGCCGGACAGGGGCUGACUAUCUUUCAUGAUAUUUUCCGCAGAGCAGACAAAAACGAUGAUGGCAAGUUGUCAUUUGAAGAGUUCAAUGCUUACUUUGCUGAUGGGAUCCUGACUACCGAGGAGCUGCAGGAGCUUUUCUAUUCCAUAGACGGCCGACAGAAUAACAAUCUGGACACUGACAAGCUAUCAGAUUACUUCUCUCAGCAUCUUGGCGAGUACCUAAAUGUCCUUUCAGCUCUGGAGAGCCUGAAUAUUGCAAUUUUGAAGGCCAUGGAUAAAACUAAAGAGGAGUACCAGGGUUCCAGCGUGUUGGGCCAGUUUGUAACCAGGUUCAUGCUCAGAGAGACGUCCAGUCAGCUGCUGUCUCUACAGAGGUCCCUGCAGUGUGCCAUGGAGGCAGUGGAAGAGCAGAGCAGCCCCGCCCCGAGAGAGGUAAAGGCGCCGGAGCUGACAGCGGUGCAGAGAAAUGGCAGGCGGUGUGGUCGCAGGGUCCAUAACAACCUGUGCAUGUCCCCAUCCGAUCCCUGCUCUGCCAUCCUGACCACAGGUGUUGCUAUGGAAGAUGGAGAGAACUGGUGCUCUCAGAUCAACAGGCUGCAGCAACUUUUGGAUAAACUGGAGUGUCAGAGUCCCAAAUUGGAACCACUCAAGGAGGAUUCACUGGCCGGCACAUACAAGUCUAACAUCCUGCUGGUUCAGAGGCAGAUGUCGGUGACUGAUGACGAUCUGGACAACUUCCGGAAAGUUCUGAACAGCUACAUCGAUGCCACCUCAGCUCACUCUGACAACCUGCAUGUGUCCGUUCAGAAGCUCCCAGGAAAGUCGUGUUACAUAAUGUAUGAGUUCUGGCAAGAUCGCAUCUCCUGGAUGAGCUAUCUUCAGUCCAACAACAGUAAAGAUUUCCAACGCUGCGUCAUUGACAUGCUGGAGGAUGCUGAAGUAGUAUCAACUAUGUUGCUUCCAGCUUCCUGGUGGAUUAUGACUAACAACUAGCAACUAAAUCCAGAAUGUCACAUCUUCUGCCUACACUGUCACACGGACAAAGACACACUGGCGCAUCAACCCACCCACCUACAUGCACUCUCUCUCUCUCUCUCACACACACACACACACACACACACACACACACACACACACACACAGAAGAAUUCAAAAGGCAUCCAUGUGUUUGAAAGCAACAGGAGACGGAGACAAUGGCGUCAUCCAGCAUUCUCCAGCAGCAUCUUUUAAUGUUCCCGUCUUCGACUGCUCAUUAUUGUGCUGCUUAUAUCAAAAGGGAUAGUUACACCCUAUAGCCAAUCUAUAGGCUUGAAAACAACUGAUUCUCCGCAAUGCAAAAGCCAUUUCAUGAAUUUUCUAUCCCCAUCUCUCAUUUGUGGUAUGGCCUCCUUUCUCUUGCAGUGUUUGUCUGAUGUUAUUGCCAGCGGAGAACAACCAAAAAGAUGCUAGUAUAGGCAACUAGAGCAGCCCAAAUUGGAAUGAAACUUACAAUGCCAGUAGUGUUUUGUGCUUUUUGAUGAGUUGUUUACUGUUGAAUAGAAGUAAUUAGGGAUGAAAAAAGGCGGAGGAGAUGAGGAGACGGGGGUUACUGCAGCCUGAACAUGCAUGUUGAUGUGGCCACAUCCUGGCUGUACAUGCUGUAUGAUACUGUAGCACUGUUUUUCUUUCAUUUAGCUUUCCUCCUGUCAUGUGUACAGAAUGCCGGAAAAAAAAUGUUCAAAACGCUACACCUUCCCUGACAUCUAUCUAUUGCUCGAUAUACUAGUGGGUCAGUUAUUAGCUACACCUUCUCCGUCUUCAAUCUGAGAAACAAUCUCAGUCUCAGUAAAAAAAGAACAUCUUUCAACAAUGUGCCCAUGUAAGGGAAUUAACACUUUAUGAGGAGAUUUCGUUGUAUCACUAUGUUCUAAAUAUAUAUGUAUAUAUAUAUUUAAUGUAUCAUGUAUUUAUUUUGAUCAUGGUAGAGUUUAUUGCAUCUGUACAUACAGAAAUUGCAUAUAUUCAUAUUUCUGUUGUGCUUUGGUUUGGUAAUGUUCACCAAAUGACUGAAAAACAACUUUAAUAAAAUUAUUAAAGAUA